GGCUAUACGACUCUUUGAAAUUGCUAUCCAACGCCGGCUGCCCGUUCUCAGAAGGCACGAUACCAGGGACGUCGCCUUUGAUCCUUCUUCGUCCGUUGGAAAUCCUCGCCGACACUAUGAAAACUUCGAGGAAGGACUUUUGCCAUCCAAGCAUAGGCAGCUACCUUCACAACGGAAAUAUGCAAGAAACCCUUAUCCACCUAUCACUCGGGUGUGGUUAUCUUAGUGAUUCCAGCCUGUCAUACAUAGUCCCGGUCCGUUUUCCUCAGCUUAGACGACCUGCGAACACUGUUGUAAAGUGCCCUCAAAGAUCAACAUCACCAAGUUCCAUGUCGUCACUGAGAGAACACGGAAAUGAAAUCUAUAUCGGUUCAGUCCCAAUCGAACGGACUCUCACUCCACGGCUGGGCAAAGGAACCUUUGCCAGCCCUAUCGACGUUCAAUUCAAUGUCGAGGACUCUGUAUCGACUCAAUUGCUGGUAUUUCUGGCCAACGUUCCUCGCCUGGGGGCACGCAACACUAUGCCCAAAUUCUCGGUGCACAAAUUUACCGGAACGGCUUCUCAACUUCAACAGGACUCGGAUUACGUGUCGAUGCGAUAGUUUCAGAGGGAGAUGCGGAGAUGAGGAGGUGCUGGAUUCAGCAACGCGCAGGCAUGAGAAGGGAGAGGUGUUUCCGUGACUUUGGGUCGUCGCGGGGAAGACGGUUGAGGGUGCUGAGGGGUGUGUUACGUUCAGCUUCUCUCUCUGCCCUAAGACUAAAUUUGUUCAUACUGCCAAAGAUUGUUAAUGAACACCGUUUCU